AACUUUCAAGUACUCGAACAUAGUUGCUUUCUCGCUUGGCUGAGACUAGAAGUUCCUUCGUCCAUUAGAAUUAGAUGUCUACUCAGGUAUGAAAUUCUUCUGUUGUCUAGACCCGAAAUUUGAAGACGAGGAUUAUUGGUCACGCAAAAUUCCUUGAGUUUUGAACUCAAAUCCGACCAGGGUCGAUGUUUUUGCCGACGCUUCUCACUUUCUGCCGCAACGUUUUGCAGGAUUUGACCACGCGACUUCUGCAUUUUUGUUGCCAGAACUCUGCUGCUUCUUAUUGCCACAGGUUCGAUCGGCGCCCGGUUUACCGCCAAUCAACGUAAGCCGAUCAGAAAAACAAAUUACAAUGCAAAAUUAGGUGAUACGAAUAAGAAUGCAUGAAGGAUUCAAGCAAGUGAAUGAAAAUAUAGAAGAGAUGAUAGAGCAUGUGGCAAAUGAACCUUCAGUAGGGCUUUAUUAUGUUCAGCAUCAUAUUCAUACCGCUGUUCCACUUUUACACAGGAUCAAGGUUCAAGUUAUUGAUGCCACUCGAGAAGUAUUUAUUUGCACAGAGGAUAUGGAAGAUGCUAUCAGUUCAUUGAAAUCAAUGCAAGAGUGUGGUCCUCCUAUUGUUGAAAAGAUGAUCAGAAAACUCAAUUCUUCAAUUUCUUUGAUGUCUUUAACGCAUCAGCCUAGAGGGCAGCACCGACCAGUAAAUGUGCAGAGCCGUUCUAUGUUUAUGAGCAAAGAUAAUGCUGUCCUUAGCACGCUGGGUUCUGCUUUCCAGACAGCAAGUAGAGCAGCGUGGAGAUCAAAUGCUCCAGAUGUGCAAUACAGUGCGGUUCACAUUGGUGAAAUCGAUCCUUUCAACAAUGAGAAUAAUAAUGAAGGAAAAGAGUUACCAUUGAGUACAGAUGCAGGAACUUCAAGCCUUGUACAGUCAGUUUUCAAGUCAGCUUUGCAACGGGCUGGGACGCUUGGAUGGUCUGGCAGUAGCGUCACUGAGAAAGCAAUCCAGAACAAUGAUGGGAUGUUAGCUAGGAGUCAUGAUGCUGAGCCUCUACAAGCUGGUGUUACUCAUGCUCCCACAGCAUUUAAUACAUGCACUGAACCAGAAUCUGCUCUAUCAACAGCAGAGACAGUUCAGAUUCUGCAUACAGAUGUUAUGAAUGCAUCGAUGCAAAAUGAUAAAGCAGAAGAUGAUCUGCCUCCUGCAUCUAGCCCAUCUUUAUUGAGGAGUGAUCAUACUUUGGAGCGCAGUGAAAACUUUGAACAGUUCCAAGCAGUGUGUGCAGCAAAGUUGGAAGCAUGGCUAAGUGAGUCUGAUGAAGUUGGUAUUACCAGUGUCCAAGAGUAUGAUCUUAAGCCAAUUGUUUAGUCUGGUUGGAAUUUAUGAUCCGUGUGUGAAAUGACACUUUAUUUUAUCUCCUUUGAGUUAUAAAUAUCUGUAUUGGCUCAAGUUAAAAUUGGGACACUCGUUGUUAUAGCUAAAUGUGUUCUUUAUUCUUUAUUGUCUCUGAAGAUGUAAUUCUUUUAUAUUUUUCUAAUAUUUAAGGUCAAUUUUUUUCUCACUCUGUAUGUAUCAGUUACAGUACAGUUUUUCCCUACCUUAAGGAAAACGGAGAAAAAUGUUUUGUUCCUCCCUGCAUGAUUUGUAAAUAUCAAAAUUCAGCCCUCCUUUAUAGUUUAUACGGUCUACCUUUUGUGCCUCUA